AUGAAAGUGGACAUCAACUGUGGGAAAUGCAAAAACGCAAUCAUGCAGGCUGUUGCAGAGAUAGAAGGUAUUAAUCAGGUUGUACUAGAUGAAGAGAAGAGCUUGCUUACGGUGGUGGGCACAAUGGAUCCGAUCUGCGUUGCAGAGAAGCUAAGGAAGAUCAAACAGAAGCCAGUAGUAGUCAAUAUUGGACCACCAAAACCUCCGGAGGCCAAAAAAGAAGAGCCCAAAAAAGAAGAGACCAAGCCAGUGUGUUGGAAGACUUGCCCUCAGUUUUACCCUCAGCCUUGCCCUCCAUACUACAAUACAUGUGACAUGGUAACAGUUAGUACCUAUAAUAGCGGAGGCGGCUGCACCAUAGUUUGA